ACGAAUUGUUUUUGUAGCGGUGUAUCGCAGUAAAAUACAAAGAUGAUACACAAUAAAAUUAAAUAAUAACCCAAUCAAUUUAACGGUGACUUUGUACAUUUCAACUGAAAUUUAAAUAUUAACAAUGUACUUAUCAGAUUUGAAGGAUUUGAUUAGUAGUUUAGCCGUAAUAACUACAAUUUUACAGUUUCUGUCCGGCACCCUUGUAUGCAAGCAAUAUGUGGUGAAUAAAACAACAGCCGAGGCAACUCCACUGCCUUUUUUAUGUGGUGUCCUAUCGGCUGGCUUUUGGCUUUUGUAUGGUCUCACAAAACAUGACGACAAAAUAGUACUAGUCAAUGCUAUAGGUGUGACUCUCAUGGCAUCAUACACAGCUGUGUUUUAUGUUUUCACAUUCAAGAAGUCCUCAUUAUUGAAGCAAAUAUUUGUAAUACUUAGUCUUUUGCUCUUUAUAAUAGUUUAUGCUUACACAGAAGAGGACAGUGAAAAACUACUUGGUAGAUUAGGUUUAUUAGCAUGCUCUCUAACGCUGUUAACAAUUGCCGCACCGAUGAGUAAACUUUUUUACGUCUUAAAAGUGAAGAGUACAGAAUGCUUGCCAUUUCCAAUGAUACUUAUGUCAUUUUUCGUAUCAUUUCUGUGGUUCCUGUAUGGUUGUAUUCAAGAUGACACAUAUUUGGUGGUGCCGAACUUCAUAGGAGCAGCUUUAGCAAUGGCUCAACUUUCACUAUUUGUGAUGUACCCCAAUAAACCCCAAUCUCCUAUUUUGGGUAAAAGCAUUUUGGCUUAAAUUUAACUACCAGUUCAGCCAGUCAGUGCCUCCCAACUCAUGUGUAAGUAUUUAAUUAGCAAAUAUUAUUUUUGUUAAGUAUAAUUUUGUUACAGUAUUGAUUUAAACCUUCUCAUUUUCUCAGUAAAUUAAGUAUUUAUUUCAAUAAGAGCUCAAAGGCAUUAUUUAAAAAUUGAGAGAGUUACUAUGUAGAUACCAAACUAGUUAAGUAAUAGUAAUAUUAUACUGACUAUGAUAAAUGAUAACAUCCUGUUUCCUGCUCAUGUAAUCAUGAUGCAAAAUUAUUACUUACUCAAUGAGUGUAUUUUAAUGUUGCAACAAUUAUAAUUAUGUUUAUAAAAACAAAUUUAUUUGCUACAUGUAAUUACAUAAAACAGUCUUGGCAUAUCUUAUACUUUUUACUAAGUGCAGAAUAGGUUUUUUUUUAUUUAAAAUGGUUUUUUAUUAAAAUAUUUGAAUGCCUAUGCGCCAUGCCUAUCAAGAAAAAAUAUUUUGAAUAAUCUCAAUAAUAAAGAUCUAAACUUAUGUCAUGACUGAAGUAUUUUUUACCUUAUUCUAAUGUGUUUUUUGUUACCUAUUGUGACAAUACUAAAAGUAAAAAUAAACUAAUUGUUGCUCAAGUACAAAAUUAUUAUCAUAAGUAUUUUAUGUAGUUUUAAUCAGUUUAUUACAAAUAAUAUAUUAUUAUUAUUAUUUCAUGAAGAAGCUAUCCUGCAGACUUAUAGACCUAAUUGAGUUAGAUAACAUUUGUGAAUAUUGAAAUUAUUCUCUAUAAUGAUAUGUGAUAACAGUCAUACU